ACAGCAAGGCCCAAGCAGGCUGAUAGUCAUACCUUGCUGUGCAUGCUACUCGUAACUAUUCUUGGAAUGGGAACCUGGCUGUGCCUGAGUACCUUGGUUGACAUUUAGGAUCUUAGACUGCUGGUCUUGUACCCUAGGAGGUUUUAAUUAGAGAGCAGAUGAGUCCCAGCUAAGAGAAGAUGCUGACUGGAAUAGAUGAUGGUGAAAGUGUAAGCUAACUGGAUUCUUCGUUCUCUUCUAAGCCAUCUCUCCACCUUGGGCAACUUCCAUGGAGGAACGCCCCUGUCGGUAGGCCACACUCAUGGCAUGUGGCCAAGCUACUGGAGGGAUGCCCUGAAGUGGCCACCACCAUGAAUUUCCCUUCUGAAACCUUCAGUUUGUCCUGGCAUUCUGGUUGUAACACAAGUGACGUGUGUGUACAGUGGUGUCCCAUCUCUCGGCACUGCAGCACUGAGAAAAGCAGUUCCAUUGGCAGCAUGGAGAGCCUUGAGCAACAAAGCCAAGUCACCUAUGAGGGCCACCUCUUGCCCAUUGACCAGAACAUGUACCCUAACCAGCGUGACUCAGCCUACAGCUCCUUCUCAGCUAGCUCAAAUGCCUCUGACUGUGCCCUUUCUCUCAGGCCAGAGGAGCCACCUUCAGCAGACUGUGUUACACCAAGCCAGGGGCCAACUAAAGCCAUCAAUGGUCGACCUAAUGUGUCUGAGACCUCAGGAAAUAGCCAACACAUCAGUGGGGGCCAUCUAACCCCUACCUCCCAGACAUCACCUUGCCAACAGGAGGACCAUCACUCAGGGCCUGCCAUGAUGGUCAGGGGCCCACCACAACCUCCAGUGAGGCGAGACAGCCUUCAAGCCUCAAGAGCCCAACUCCUCAAUGGAGAGCAGCUCCAGGCUUCUGAGCCUAUGGAACCCAUACAACAGAAAGAAAAAACAGGCUUGGAGACAUCGAUACCACCAAGGAACCCUAACCGGUUCUGCUGCCUCAGUGGGCAAGACCAACUGAAAGAUGAAAACCAUCAGAACUGUGAGCUCAACCAGCCUCCUGAAUCCAGCCACCAGGACUCUGAGAAUCUUCUGAUAGAAACCUCCUCCAAAGCCUCCAGCUCUUCAAAAGCCCAUGAAAAAGCAUCCAGCAGAGAGUUCAGCCCACUUAUGGAGGCUUCUACAGACCUGGCUAAGACUUCAUCCUUUGGCAGCCCUCCACACUUCCCAAGACCCAUAGAACAUCGUCAUAGUGCUCCUGAACAGCUGCUGGCAUCCCACCUACAGCAAGUGCACUUGGAUCCUAAGAGCAGCAAAGGGAUAGAGGUACCAAUUGUGCAGGAUGGACACCAAUGGACGUUGUCCCCUUUACACCUCAAAGGGAAGAAAAGUCCACAUCUUGCCCCUGGAGGCACCCAGGACCAUCCCAGCAAAGAAAGGAAGAACACACCAAUGGAUGAUAUGCCUUUGGGUUCAGGGCACCAGAGCCAAAGCAAUUCUGCACACAAAAAGACUGAUGGACACCCUAUAGAACAAACUUUCCUGAGCCCAAGCAGAACAAAUAGAGAAGGCAAUGAAUUGGCUAGCCAGCAGGCUUCAGCCUCUGGCUCCCUCAUUCAACAAACCAGAGACUGUUCUUCAACCACAAACAUAGCAUGUGGUACAAAGACAACUUCUGAAGGUAACAAUGAGCCCAAGGAAUGUGGUCGGAUGGGUGGUAGGAAAAGUGGAGGCCCUCGGGGCCGCUCCAUCCAAAACCGGCGGAAGAGCGAGCGGUUUGCUACCAAUCUGCGUAAUGAAAUUCAGAGGAGGAAAGCCCAGCUUCAGAAGAGUAAGGGUCCUUUGUCACAACUUUGUGACACUAAGGAACCAGUGGAAGAGACCCAGGAGCCUCCAGAAAGUCCUCCACUCCCUGCCUCUAACCCAUCUCUUGUGUCUUCAUAUAAAAAUCUGCAUAGCCGCAGAGACAAGCACUUCAAAGAAAGUAUGCUCCUUAGGGCUAGGUCUUCAGAAUGUCUUAGCCAAGCCCCUGAGAGCCCAAAAUCUAGGGUAGGCUUAGAGGGACGAAUGAGCCCUGGCCAGAGGCCUGGUCAGUCCUCCUUGGGCCUGAACACUUGGUGGAAAGCAUCUGACCCAGCCCCCUCAGACUUUGAGGCAAAUAUUCACCAUGGAGUCUGUGGAACUCAUUGGAGAUGGUCGCCAGAGCAUAACUCUCAGCCAAAUAUGACACUAUCUAUGGAAGGCCCUUCCAGCCCAGAUGACAACAAAGAAUUGAAGGCUUCUACUGCCCAAGGUGGGGAGGAAGCCAUCCUCUUGCCCUUUGCAGACAGAAGAAAGUUCUUUGAGGAGAGUAGCAAAUCCUUGUCUACAUCUCAUUUACCAGGUUUAACCACUCAUAGCAAUAAGACUUUUACCCAAAGACCAAAAGCUAUAGACCAAAACUUCCAGUCAAUGAGUUCUAGCUAUAGGGAAUUAAGACACCAUCCCCUGGACCAAUCAUAUCUUGUUACAGACCAAUCAUAUCAUUCCAUGUCAUCCCUUCGGUCAGAAACUCCCACUUACUCAGAAUGUUUUGCUAGCAAAGGCCUAGAAAAUUCUUUGUGUUGUAAACCACUACAUUGUGGUGAUUUUGAUUACCACAGGACCUGCUCUUACUCCUGCAGUGCUCAGGGAGCUAUAGUCCACGACUCUUGCAUUUAUUGUUCUGGAGAAAUUUGCCCUGCCUUGCUAAAGAGAAAUAUGAUGCCAAACUGCUACAACUGCAGGUGCCACCAUCACCAGUGCAUCCAGUGCACAGCUUGCUAUCAUAAUCCUCAGCGCAGUGUCCUGGAAGACAGCAGCUUGGCACCUAGCAAUGCUUGGAAACCCAGGAAGCCAGCAGUACAGGAAUUUCCUGGGGACAAAUGGAAACCAAUAACAGGAAACAGGAAGACUAGCCCGUCAGGGAGGGAAAUGGCACAUCCUAAAGGCAGCUUUUUGUGGACCAAUCCCUUCCAUACUUGCCUUGAGAACCCAGCACUGGACUUGUCAAGCCACCGAGCAAUUUCUUCCCUUGACCUUCUCGGAGACUUCAAACUUGCCUUUAAAAAGACAGAAGAAUCUUCAGUUUAUGACGAUGCGAGUUCCCUUGCCUCCAUGUCUCGUCCACUGCGUAGCCGAGCCUUUUCAGAGAGUCACAUCAGCCUAGAGCCUCAGAGCACUCGGGCCUGGGGACAGCAUAGAAGGGACCUUUUCACUAAAAGUGAUGAGACUCAGUCAGAUCUUCUUGGGGCCCGGAAGAAGGCCUUUCCUCCUCCUCGCCCUCCUCCUCCCAACUGGGAAAAAUAUAGACUCUUCCGUGCAGCCCAACAGCAGCAGCAGCAGCAGCAGCAGCAGCAGCAGCAGCAGCAGCAACAGCAACAGCAACAGCAGCAACAGCAGCACCAAGAGGAAGAAGAGGAGGAAGUGGAGGAAGGAGGAGAAGAGGAGGAGCGACCACCUCAGUAUUUUAGUUCAGAAACCAUUGUUUCCUGUGCCCCCAAUCCUGAGGAGAGCCUGGAGCAGCCACAAACCCUGAGGCAGGGUCACUCGGAGGUAUCAAGUCAGGGCUCACAAAGCCUCCCAGAGCAAGAGUCCUUUGCUUUGCAUACCAGUGAAUUCCUGCCUCCUAUAAGGGGCCACCGAGGAUCCCAACCUGAGCAGGUUCAGCCUCCUUGCUAUGGAACUCGUGGGCUGUGGAGGACCACAGAGAAGGAAGCUACUGAGUCCCCCAAACCAGAAGCUUCGAUGACAGAAGAGACCAAAACCAAGCCAGCAUGGAGCCAGAACUACUUCUUUCCUGAGGAGAAAUUACCUUUCAUGGGCUGGGGCUCGGAGAAGCAACACCUCAGCCCCACAGGCUUUGGUGAACCCAAGACUACAGGACAAGAGUUUCAGCACUUUUCACCUCCUCCAGGAGCCCCAGGAAUUCCUACCUCUUACUCAGCAUAUUACAAUAUUUCUGUGGCCAAGGCUGAGCUGCUGAAUAAAUUAAAAGACCAGCCUGAUAUGGCAGAGAUUGGCCUGGGUGAGGAGGAAGUUGACCAUGAACUGGCUCAUAAGAAGGUUCAACUUAUUGAAAGCAUUGGCCGUAAGCUUUCUGUCCUGAGGGAGGCUCAACGAGGGCUGCUGGAAGACAUCAAUGCCAAUUUUGCCCUUGGAGAAGAAGUGGAGGCCAACUUAAAAGCUUCUUGCAAAUCCAAUGAAUUUGAAAAGUACCGUUUGUUUAUUGGGGACCUGGACAAAGUUGUCAACCUGUUGCUGUCCCUCUCUGGACGACUGGCCCGAGUGGAAAAUGCUCUCAAUAGCAUCGAUUCAGAGGCCAACCAGGAGAAGUUGAUGCUGAUGGAGAAGAAGCAACAGCUGACAGGCCAGUUGGCAGAUGCUAAGGAGCUGAAGGAACACGUGGACCGUAGGGAGAAGCUGGUGUUCAGCAUGGUCUCCCGCUAUCUGCCUCCAGACCAGCUCCAAGAUUACCAGCACUUUGUGAAGAUGAAAUCUGCUCUCAUCAUUGAACAGAGAGAACUGGAGGAGAAGAUCAAGCUUGGGGAAGAGCAGCUCAAAUGCCUCAGGGAGAGCCUACUCUUGGGGCCCAGCAAUUUCUAAUUCUACCAACAGUCUGCCAUUGCACCCCUGCCUAGCCUCAGUGGGAAGUGCUUUCAGUCUUCAGUAGCAGUUUGUAAGCAAGCAGAUAACAAUUAGCAGAUUGCUCCAGCCUCUACCCUGGUCAGUCAGCUAGUAUAGCCUGAAGAGAUCACAAACUUCCAUACUAGGGAGCCAUAGCAAAGUGCAGACCAACCAUGUUCUUUCCUAGAGUGCACAGGAAGCACUUGAUGCUCACAGAACCAACAAAAGUGCCUUCAUCUCUGUACUAAGACACCAAAGACUUCACAAACCUCCAAGCCAUAACUGCCCUUGAAGCUCAGAACAAAGCUGCCUGUGCAUCUUCCUCUUAUCCAGGGCUCAGGGCUCAGGUAUUUCUCAUAAAGAUCUGGCUGUCUUGAGCACAUUCACCUGCCCCCUAUUUCAGGGCCUCACAAAAGCUUUGUGGUGAAAGACACAUGUAAUAGGGUGAGAACAAAGUUUUAAUGUCACCAUGCAAGAAAAGCCAGGCUCAAACAAAAUGGCUCCAUUUGUAUCUUCUCUAGCAGGUAGGUUAAAGGGAAGAAGUCACACUCAGCUUUAGCUAGCACAGCCUUCUUCCUAUCCUAAGAUUUUGGGGCCUGCCACUUUAUAUUGCUUGUGACUUCUAGGAGUCACAAACCAGAGUUUCAUAUGAUAAGCCUUUCAUAGCUCUAUUACAGCUGACAUCUGGAUAUAGUUUCAUUAUUGAGGGUUCUUAUUUUUGUAUAUUUAUAUAUAUUUUUUUCUUUUUUUAACUAAUGAGGUAAGGAGGAAAUGAAGAGGGAAAAGUUAGCCCAGAAGGAAAAAAUUUCAGUUGAUCAGCAUGAAUCUACCCUGCCUAGAUAUGCGAAUGCCAAGGCACUGAAUUCUUCCCACCAUAAAUACAAUUGUCUAAAAAAGGAGCUCUCCCCUUGAUAUCCUAGCCUCCCUACCAUGAACUGGCUCUGGGCUUCCCUAAAGGUUUGGAUGGCCAUGUCCUAGCAUUCCUGAGUAGUAUUUACCUUUUGCAUGCUAUUUCUGAAACCAAAGAAGUCUCCUAAAUCUUACAAGGGUCAUUCAUUUUUUUUCUACUAUCUCCAAACCAUGUGGGAUAAGUGAAAAUGAGCUCAGGAGGUACUCCUCUGCUUCUUCAACUGCUUCCUCAGCCUGUUGCCAGGCUCAGGGAACCCAAACUAUGGCAGCUGGCAUCUGCAGCUAAAGCCAGGCCCCGAGCAAAUCAUGAUCUAGCCAGGAGCUUAGACACACAGUAGCCCUCUUUAUCCUUGGUGCAGAAGACAGUAAUGUUCUAAGACACCCCCUUACCUGGUGGAUACUUUAAACCUUAGAUAAUACCAGCCCAUAUUUUUGUAUAUGUAGAUAUGUAUAUAGAUAUAUACAUAUCUAUGUAUAUUUCACUACAGUUAAUCUGGUAAAUGAGAAAACUGUUAAAUGACUAAAGAGAGAAUAACUACACAACCUGGAUACACUGGACAAAUGGAUAAUUCAUACUCCAUGUGUGACAGAGCGUUGUGGAGCAAAAUUUUAUCACUUCUCAGAAUGACAUGCAAUAUAAAAUGUGCCAAUUGUUUAUUUCUAUAAUAUUCCUGUAAUAUUGUCAAACCAUGAUUGUCCUGAUGUAACUGAAGCUACAGAAAGUGAAAACACACACAUAAUGGGGGACUAAUGUACAAAGAACUAAGGCUUCUACUACUGCUAAGACCCUGACACCAGCUUCUCUCCUGGAAAAGCAUUCAGGUGGACAAUGGCAAGAAGGGAAUUAUCUCUUAUCUCUCUCGAUUCUCUCAUCCUUGUUAACUUGGAUCAAUCCUUGGUGUUAUCUCCUCAUAUCAUCCAAGUUCAGCACAGCCAAACCAUCUCAUCACUACUCGUUACUGCUGAGUUCCUCAGGGUCCAUGGAGGUUCACUGUAGCAGCAGGGGAACCUCAUUCAACCAAAGAAUUUGCCAAAGAACUUUGCUGCUGCUACUACAAAUACUGCUAAUUAGCUUCUACUUCUUCUCUACUGUGCCUGAAAAGUAUGAGAAAGUAGUUUUGGCCAGAAGGGUGUCCUAGAGGGAUGGUAACCCUCUCUGUGGGGCCCUGGGUAUGCUUUUAGUAUUGCUGCCACUACCAGAACCACUGUUAGUAUGUCAAACGUUCUCCCUUCCAGUGGAAGAUUCCAACGUAAUUAAAAUAUAACCUCAAAACUCUUCUGAGCAGUUAAGCUCAGUGGCUUCUAUUCUAUUAUAUUCAGCAACACUGAGAGCCUAGAAAAGGCUAGGUUUACCCAAAGGAAUAUUGAAGGAGGUGGAGGAAUGCUUUGAAUGAAGACCACAGUCGCCUUACCUUCUUUUAUUAACAGGUCCUAGGACAAACAAUAAGCAUACUUUAUUUAGGGUGAAAAGAGUAGAUUUGGGGGGAAUAUUGGUCUAGGGAAAGGAUGGUCACCUAACUGAACACCAUGGCAAUAGUCUGGAUAUUGCUUAGCCAUUGUUAGGUUAAAUAUACUUUAAGUUUAUGGUAGCAAAAUACUAUUACUUAAGCCAUUUUUGUUUGUUCUUGGUUUGGGAUGUACUAUGGGUAGGACCCAAGGCCUUGUACAUCCAUGUUGGGCAAGUAUUGUAUGACUGGACUGGUCCUAUACCAAUGUGCUGUACCCCAGCCUUAAUUCUCACAUUUUUCACUCAUCACACCUCAAAUGGAUUUCUAGAGUUGGAUUCAGAAUACAAGGAUACUCAGUUUCCAAAGUAUUUAAAGCAUAACCUCAAAACUAUUCUGAGCAAUGAAGCUCAAUAGACAAGGUGAUUUACUAAACAUAGAAUGACAUGCUACACUCCUGCUGUGGAAGUCCCAUUGACAGUGCCAGUGCUACAAAGUUGCCAGUAUUACUCGAGCUGAAAUAACUCUCCCUUAUGUUGGUUUUGGGGCUCAGCCCUCUUCCAAAGCCUCCAGGCGAAUUCAGUAUGCAAGGUAAGCCAAAGGAUUUGCCAAAGUCUUCCACUCUUUCUCUUCAAAUACUUACGUAAACCCCAUCGAAUAAUAGGUAAGUAGGGUGGUGAUUAAAUAGAAGGGAAUUGGUGAAAGAUUGCUAUCAUAUGUCCCCUAUUACUUUCCCCUAUCCCCAGAUAGUUGAGUCUUCUUGAGUCUCACCACUAGAGAUUCAGAUAAGAUAUACAAGUAAAUGCCGAACUGGAGUCCAAAAGAACGAAACACAACCACUGAAAUUAAAGCCAUAGAAAGGGAGAGUUUGAAAGCAGAAGAAAGGAGAGAGGGUUAAAAGAUGAAAAACCUCUUUCAAAAUCUGGUUCACAUUCAGAUUUCCAUUUAACCUCAUGGCUGAAAGACUACUUACAGGGUACCAGAGCCACAUCCCUAGCACUAGCCUCCAUAAAGAAUCUAUUCUGCUAGUAGCAAGCCUCAGAUGGAGGAAGUUGCACACAUUUCUGGUCAUUUUCACCAAUCUGAAGCUGGGCAUCUCCCUGUGUUUCUGUCAGGGGAGUUGUCUAUGACAAUAAUAUUUCUGUGAGCAGCAUAUUAUAUUAUUUGAAGAUUAGUUGAUCUUUAGAGGGGAUAGGGCAUGGGACAGUUUGUAUAGAUAAAGAUCCAGUGCUUUGUACAACAUUAGAGGUUUAGCUAUCCCAUAUGAUAUUUUUCUGAAUUUUAUUGUUUUACCAUUUGGCUCUUCCACCACUUCCUUCUUGGCUGACAUUAAUAUGCCUACCAGAUUGUCAUCAAGAAUCAUAUUUCAAUAAAAGGUGCUAAGGACAAAAAUAAUUGUCUCAUGUAUUUUGACUUAGGGACUAGAGAUUCCAUAAUAUUCUGCUAAAAAGAAUGAGUGGAAUUUGGUCACACAACCACAGUCCUUCACAGAUAGCUAUAUGAUCAGAGCCUUGUCUGCAUUCCUAAACCUCUAUCCUGACCCCUUAGGAAUGAUAUUAAUACUAUGUUGUUCAUUAUCUCCAGCAAAAUAGUAAGGUCUGUGCGCUAGCUAUCUCAAUUACCAAUUUGAUUAUAUUAGGAAUCAAGUAACUCUGGGCUGGUCUGUGAGAGUAUUUCUAGGAAGAAUAAACACAGGAGAGGCAGACCCUCCUCCAGAGUGUGCAGCACCUUCUGGAGGCAGCAGAGAUGUUAAGAGAUCUGAGAGAAAAAUAGUAGUGAUUUUGGCUCUUUGCCUUCAUUCCUUACUGGUGAAUACACCUACCCUGUUCCUGCCUUCUUUUGCUGACAUCAGAACCCACCUUUGUCCUUCAGUUGUGGACUGAAGAUCAGCAGCUUGCCAGAAAUCCCCCAGGUCUCAAUGCCAAGUUGGGACUGUUGAGACAUCCAGCCCAUGGACUAAGCAGCUACCAGAUUCUCAGACACUCUAACAUGCAUACAGCCAUCGCUAGACUGCCCAUCCCAUAUUGUGUGAUCCAAUCUAAUAAAUCUCCUUUGGAAUAUGUAUUUAUUCUAUCAGUUCUGUCCCUCUAAAGAACUCUGACUAAUACAGAGUGUAGCACCUGAGGUGGAGCUCUAGAGAAAUAGAAUUAUAAUGAUGAAUUCCUCUAGUGGGCUCGGUAGUACCUAAAGCUGACACCCCAACUAAAUCUACAGUUACUAAGGAGUUCUUAUA